AAGACAAAAGGAAAGUUUGCCUUUUCUACUUCUUCCUGGAAAGAUGCAAAGUGCUUUAGUAGGCUCCUGGCACAACACUGGCUUCUAUGGGCACUACAGAGGCCAAUUCAAGAGUGAAAGUGCUCAAGAAUACCGCCUUGCAGCCAAGCCCCAGCCUCCAGCAGUGUUCCUGCAGCGAUGUCAGGAACCAGUGCAGCAACACUUGUUCUCCAAGCAUGACAACCGUACUUCUUUCGACAAAGGCCCCUACUGCCUGCUGCAGGGAAUCGGAAGGCGGAAAGACCUGGAGCGCCUAUGGCAGCGGCACACCUUCCUGCGCUGGGCACCCCAUGAGCUGGAGUUGGGCGAGCAGCGGCCCCUUGAAUCCUCCUACCAGGCCAAUUUCCGGUCAGGCCCAGGACUCAGUGACCUCCCCCAGCGCCUUAUCCACUUUGUGCAGAUCGAGCCUCCCCAUACCAGCACCACCUACCGGCAGAACUUCUGCCAGCCAUCCCGGGGUGGCCACUGUGGCAGCAACAACAUGGGACCAGUCACCAACACACUGCCUGACCUCCCAGGGAUCCCAAGACCCAAGCUGCUGCGGCAUUACCUUCAUGAUGGGGUCUCGGAGUGUCUAAAUUGGUCCAGAGCAUUAAACAAGGACAGCUGA